GCCACCCCUCCACCGAGCGGCAGCGCCCGCCCCUUCCGCUUCCGCCGCCAGAGCUGCCGCCAUGAUCGGGGACCUGCUGCUCUGCGGGACGCUGCUGGUGAACGCCGGGGCCGUGCUCAACUUCAGGCUGAGGAAGAGGGACACGGAGGGGUUCGGCGAGGAGUCGAGGGAACCCACGACCGGUGACAACAUCAGAGAGUUCCUGCUGAGUCUCAGGUAUUUUCGAAUCUUCAUUGCCCUCUGGAAUAUCUUCAUGAUGUUCUGUAUGAUUGUGUUAUUUGGAUCUUGAAGACCAUCCACGAACCCAUCUGUUGACUUGGAAGAGACUUUUGGCUGGGAACCACUUUUCUAUGAAGUACAAGAUGACGCUUUGCAAACACAGCCCUGGCCCGUGGCCUGGCCAUCGGUGCGAGCUCCUGAUGCGCGCAUCCUCUCCAGCCCCUCCUGUAACAUGGUGUGUGCUGUCUGCUUCCACUGAUAAACUUCACUGAAAUAGAGAACCUGGAGUUGUUUUGCUCAGCUUAAAGCGUGCAGGGGGAGAACUGGAGGGUCCUGAAACCCGGCGGGGUCAGUGGAUGUGUCUCCUAAUGUCACCCUUGUCUGUAACACUUGCACACCAUGCUUCUCAAGUCUUUAAGGUUGAGCAAGGUGUUGGUGUCCUCACUAUUCCAGUUCGGUUUACUGGAGAAAUAUAGAAGGCUGAUUGAAAAAAAAAAAAUGGGAUUCUCAACUUCUGGUUUUGGGUUUUUUCCAACAAAAUACUUUUUAAAUUAAAAUUUCAAAGUCAAGAUUUUUUUUUCUAAGCAAUAUGUAAGGGAUAAAUAGCAAACUAAUUCUGUAAGCCAAUGUGAAGGCAUCAAUUUUGAAAUUAUCUUGGAUUUGGUUGAAUAAAGUUGCUUUAUUUAAGGGUA